AAUUUUGUUUUCCCAACAGACCUCCACAGCUCCACUAUAUCUACACAUUCAAUACGAUCAGAGCUUUGUGAUUCAAAGUUCAAACACGUAGACGUAUCCACCAUGAAUUCUUCCUCCGUUCCUCUCCCACCUCUCCUCCUCCUCCCAACCAUCCUCAUCAUCUCCCUCCUCCUCUCUCCUCUCGCCGGAGCCCAAAACUCCAACCACUACUCCGAAUACAUCGGAGCGCUGUUCACAGGCGUUAAGUUCUCCGACGUACCCAUAAACUCCGGCGUUGACUUCCACUUCAUCCUCUCCUUCGCCAUUGACUACACCACCACCACAUCUCCUCCUUCUCCCACAAACGGAGAUUUCAAUGUGUAUUGGGACUCUGGCAAUCUCUCCCCUGCGGACGUCUCUGCUAUAAAACAGGCUCAUCCUAACGUCAAAGUGGCUGUCAGCAUCGGCGGCGCUACAGUCUCCGGCGAUACCGUCUACUUCAGCCCGAGCUCAGCUGACUCGUGGGUCUCCAACGCUGUUUCAUCACUAACAAGCAUCAUCCAGCAAUACAACCUUGAUGGCAUCGACAUCGACUAUGAGAACUUUCAGGCUGACUCCGCCACAUUUGCCGAUUGCAUCGGUCGACUGAUCUCAACGUUAAAGACCAACAAUGUGAUAUCCUUCGCCUCCAUAGCACCUUUCGACAACAGCGACGUGCAGGGACAUUACCAGGCUUUGUGGGCAAGCUACAGCAAUGUCAUUGACUUCGUCAAUUUCCAAUUCUACGCCUACAGCUCAGCCACUACUGAGUCACAAUUCUUGAGUUACUACGACGCUCAAAGGUCUAACUACGCCGGCGGGCAGGUGCUGGCGAGCUUCACCACCGAUGGAAGUGGCGGGCUUUCACCGGCGAAUGGCUUCUUUGAUGCUUGCCAGACGUUGAAGGGGGAGGGCAAGCUCGCUGGGAUAUUUGCGUGGACAGCGGACAGCUCCAAGAGCAAUGGAUUUCAGUAUGAGACUGAGGCGCAGAACUUGUUGGCGAGCUAGCUUGUAUACAAAGCAGUGAGCGAGGGUCAAGCUUCUUUUAGAAUUUGCUCAGGAGUUAUAUGAGUUUUCUUUAUAUAUUACUGAAUAUUUAUGCGAUGUUUUUCUUUGAUAUGAACUUUGUGUAAUAUGUCAUGAUUUGAUGAAAUUUAAAUAACAAAUACAU